UUUAAAUACCCGCGAGAUAGCGUUGUCACUUUGCCAUGCUGCGAGCAACAAACAUGACUGCUUCUGGUCGCGCCAGUGUUUUGGGAGGAUUUAGCUUUGAAGCUGAAUCGUUACCAGAUUUUAGUGAAUUUGACUCUACCUCUGUUGUUGAAGAUUUCCAAGCGGAAAGUUCUUUAACAUCUCAGACCUCGAGUGCUGAAAUAUCUCUGGGUGACUCUCCUGAACUUCGCCUGAGGGUAAAGAGAAUGUGCGCCCUACUAGCAUAUCAGGCGCCAUUAAUUAUUGCUAAUGCCGAAAAUUGGAAGGAUGAGGAUGUGCAGGGGCGGCGGCGGGGCCCCUGGACCACGGUAUUGAAAGUAGCUGUUCUUGAAGCUAUGAUUAUUCAGACGUUUGCUAUAGUUGCAUUUGCGAAAAUGACAAGAGAAAAUCUCUUCGUAGGCCUGCAUGCAGUUAGAUAUGAAAAAAAAAUGUUAUCGUCACAGUUGAGGUUGAAGUUAGCUGGAUUUGAGCUAUAA